GCGAUCCGGGAGGUGAGGCGGUUUAUGAGGCGCCGCCGGCGGGCGGGCAGGACUCAGUGUGAGGCGAGCCGUGCAGCGGGAAGGUCGCGCAGCGUGCGCCCUGUGCAGCCCUCAGCUCCCACCGCACCCCGCAGCCAGGCCGGGCCACCAUGGCUGAUCAACUGACAGAAGAGCAGAUUGCAGAAUUCAAAGAAGCUUUUUCACUAUUUGACAAGGAUGGUGAUGGUACUAUAACUACAAAGGAGUUGGGGACAGUGAUGAGAUCACUUGGUCAAAACCCCACAGAAGCAGAGCUACAGGAUAUGAUCAAUGAAGUAGAUGCUGAUGGCAAUGGCACAAUUGACUUUCCAGAGUUUCUGACAAUGAUGGCAAGAAAAAUGAAAGAUACAGAUAGCGAAGAAGAAAUUAGAGAAGCGUUCCGUGUCUUUGACAAGGAUGGUAAUGGUUACAUUAGUGCUGCAGAACUCCGUCAUGUGAUGACAAAUCUGGGGGAAAAGCUAACAGAUGAAGAAGUUGAUGAAAUGAUUAGGGAAGCAGACAUUGAUGGUGAUGGUCAAGUAAACUAUGAAGAGUUUGUACAAAUGAUGACAGCGAAGUGAAGACGUUGUACAGAAUGUGUUAAAUUUCUUGUACAAAAUUGUUUAUUUGCCUUUUCUCUGUUUGUAACUUAUCUGUAAAAGGUUUUUCCCUUACUGUCAAAAGAUUAUGCAUGUAUAGUAAUUAGAAGGCCAUUCCUCCAUGUUUUUCUCCUUUAUCUUACUGUCAUUGUUCUGAUUUUUGGAAAAUUGAUCUAAGUAACAAAUGUUGCAUGUGGCUUACUCUGGAUAUUUAAGCCCUUCUGCACAUCUAAAGUUAGAUGAAGUUGGUUAACUGAGGGAACAUCUGGAUUGUCUAUUAAAAAAGUAGCUUUCUCUAGGAAACUUAGGUAUGACUAGUGUGACAAGUUACAUAAAGUAAGCUAGGGUUUACCAUGCAUUAGCUGAUCCUUAGUUAAAGCAACAUGCUGGUUCUAGUUCUCGAGUACAUAGGAGUUUUUCCUAUAGGAGUUUUUCCCCCUUUCUGUGAUGGGAGGAUAAGGACUCUUGCAGCUUAACUGCAGGAUAAAGUGAUGUGAAUAGCCUAUAUCAUGUGGCUAAUGCACUGUAAAAAGUCAUUCUCCUAGCUUAUUUCACAGUAACUUGUUUGUGGCCAUACCUGUAACAUGUUGUUGAAAUGUGGAGUCUUAACGUUGUAGACGAUUGACAGUCAACAAUAUGAAACUUAAGUUGCACUAAUGCAAAACGGGUGAUUUAUCCAGGUACUCGUACACAAGUUUUUUUUGUACUGCUGGUCCUGUGCCAGAAAACAUUUUCUCCUCUUGUUACUAUGCUUUUUAAACUUUGUUUAGCCACUUAUUUUCAAAAAAAUCUGCUUAUGGCACGAUUUGCCUCAAAUCCAUUCCAAGUUGUAUAUUUGUUUUCCAAUAAAAAAAUUACAAUUUA